AUGUCUCUAUUUCAUUUCCUUGUUAUCCUUCUUCAUAUUGUAACCACUCUGAACUUAGCUUCAGCCACUGAAUUUGUCUACAACACAAAUUUCAGCCACAAAAACAUCAAUUUAUUUGGAAAUGCAAGUAUUGAAUCCUCCAUUCUAACUCUAACUAAUCAGAGUUUCUUCUCCAUAGGCCGCGCUUUCUAUCCUCAUAAAAUACCUACCAAACAAGCCAACUCUUCAACUCUUCUCCCAUUUGCAACCUCCUUCAUCUUCUCUGUUUCCCCCAUUAAAAACUUUGUUAUUACUGGUCAUGGUCUUGCUUUCAUAUUUGCACCAUCAAGAGGUGUAAACGGCAGAUCCUCGGCCGAGUAUCUUGGCCUUUUCAAUCUCAGCAAUGAAGGCAGUCCCCAGAACCAUGUUUUUGGAGUUGAAUUCGACACAAUUAUGAAUGAAGAGUUCGACGAUAUCAAUGGAAAUCAUGUUGGCGUUGACAUAAACUCGCUUGCUUCGACAAUUUCACAUGAGGCUGGAUAUUGGUGUGGGAAUGAUGAUAAGGAGUUCAAGGUGUUGAAGAUAAGCAAUGGAGAGAAUUAUCAGGUAUGGAUUGAGUUCAAGCAUUCACAGCUUAAUGUUACUAUGGCUAAGGCAGGACAAAAGAGGCCUCGAGCGCCUCUUAUCAGUAUAAACCUUAAUGUUUCUGAGGUUCUUAUGGAUGAAAUGUAUGCUGGUUUCAGUGCAUCAACAGGAAAAAUAUUAGACAGGGUUAAUAUUCUUGCUUGGAGUUUUAGCAAUUCAAAUUUUUCAAUUGGUGAUGCUUUAGUGACUGACAACUUGCCUUCAUUCUUCCUUCAUAAAAGAUGGUUUUCCGGAUUAAGAGCCUUACUUCUUGGAGUAAUCAGUGUGCUAAUCAUUGGUUGUGGCUCUACAGUGUUGUUUGUGCUACGCAGGCGAAACAAGAAAGGUGAAGAACUUGAAGACUGGGAGUUAGAGUAUUGGCCUCAUAGGAUUAGUUUCCAUGAGAUUGAUGCAGCGACUAGGGGUUUCUCUGAAGAGAACGUGGUUGGUAAUGGCGGAAAUGGGAAGGUAUAUAAAGGAGUUCUGCAAGGUGAAGAAGUAGCAGUGAAGAGAAUUCUUCAAGAAAGAGAACAAGGGAUGAGAGAGUUCUUGGCUGAGGUCUCAAGUCUUGGUAGAAUGAGGCACAAAAACUUGGUUGGAUUGAGAGGUUGGUGCAAGAAAGAAAAGGGAAACUUGAUUCUUGUUUAUGACUUGAUGAACAAUGGAAGUUUAGACAAAAGGAUCUAUGACAGUGACGAAAACAUGAUGCUAUGUUGGGAAGAGAGGAUAAAUAUUUUGAAAAAUGUGGCUGCAGGGAUUCUAUACCUGCAUGAGGGUUGGGAAGUUAAGGUUUUGCAUAGGGACAUCAAAGCAAGCAAUGUUCUACUGGACAAGGAGAUGAAUGCAAGGUUGGGAGAUUUCGGAUUGGCGCGAAUGCAUGAUCAUCAUGGACAAGUAGCCACCACAACACAAGUAUUAGGCACAGUAGGAUACAUAGCUCCUGAAGUAAUUAGAACUGGAAGAGCAUCAACACAAUCUGAUGUGUAUGGUUUCGGAAUAAUGAUGUUGGAAGUGCUUUGUGGAAGAAGGCCAACUGAAGAACACAAGCCAGGGCUACUUGAAUGGUUGGUCUCCCAAACGGUGAAUGGCCAGUUGCUUAGUGCUGUUGAUCAGAGAUUGAAGGCUAAGGGUGGAUACACCAUUGAAGAAGCUGAGAGGUUGCUUCAUUUGGGUCUGUUAUGUUCAAAUUCAGACCCUAAUAAGAGGCCAAUGAUGAGGCAGAUUUUGAAAAUGCUAGAAGGUGAUAUGGAAGGAGUUGAUUCUGAUGAAGAAAAUAUGGAGAUCAGUUUACUAGGAAAAAUAAAAUCAGCAUCAAUGUGGUCUGAUAAUGAAUGUACUUUUCCACAACCUACUUUGGAUGAAAUUAGGAUAUUCAGUUCUAGUUCUAUGAUGAUUCCUAGAAGUGGCUCAGGUACCAUUCCUCCAGAAUUCUCAGAAUCAGACAUCAUUAGAGAAGGUAGGUAACAUUUUAGUUGUUGCAAUUUUCAGAUUAUCCACCAUGUUGAAUAAAGAAAAUUCAAAGGGUCUACCUUGUUAGAAGCUUGUGAAAAACUACCAAAAAAGCAAUUCAAAGUUUUCAAGACUUUUCAAUGCACGUGACCAAUUGACGUCCAAAGAAGGACUCAUAUAUU